UCCACCUACUCACUCGAGAUCCUUUUCUGGAAUCGAGCUCUAUGUUUAGCCUUAAGUGACAUUGAAAAGAAAAGCGAAUUCGAAACGUACCCCCCAAAUCCAAUCCGAACCGCUCCCGAAAACCCCCAAUGAAUAUCCAUCCAUAAUUAACAAGACAUAUCCUUGUAACUUCCCCCACGACUAGAACAGUUUAUCUACUUUCUAUCUCUAUCUCUAUUACACCUGAACUGAAAAAAAAGUCAACAAGAACCGAAAAUCGCUUUUAGGCUAAAGGGAGAAUUUUGUAAUUAAUGUCGCGUUCAGUAGUGCAACCAAAAACAUUUGAAUUGGUCCUAACCGUUGAAUUUUCGAAGCACUAAACAAAAAAGCUUGCCUCGCCGAUUUGAUGGCGACACAUAAUGGAUAUAGUGUUAUACCGAUUAUACUUCUCGAUCAUUUGUAACUCUCUUGCGUUAUCUUGCGUACUGUACAUUUUGUGUUUUGUUCCUCGUCGAAAUUGGCACCCGAACCCACAUCCUAACCCACUCAGUUACCAUACCAUACCAUCUAUACUAAUUAACGUUGUAACUAUCCCAGCAUUGACAUCAAAAACUACACAUACACACCCACAUUAUACUAUCCAACACGAACUGAGUUUUGAUUUGAAUUUACUUAACGGUUUACCUAUCGUAUGUACAUUUUUUAACCGCUUUUAUAUUACCAUACCCGAAAUUUGAGCAGUGUGAAGUUCCGUAGAAGAUACCGUAUGCGUAUUAACCGAAUCAGAAACUCUUAAUUUCCAUAAUAUCUUGUAAUAACUUGAAGAACGUUCAAUGUUUCAUAGACUUAAGACCGAUCAAACAGUUCCCCAAGAAAAUGCAUGAAAAGCACUUGAAAAUGGCGAACCAAAUUUAUUACGUAGCAAUUUCUCUUUCGUUUCGUAGUCGUUUCUUUGUCCCCAACGCUUCUUCUUGAUUUUGAGUAAAGCGCGUCUAACGGACUUAAGUACUUACCAGCAUGCUAUCUCUCCUUCUCCCCCUCUCUCUGUCACUCUCUGGCCCAUUCAGUACAUCCCCAAGGACCUACCUUAAAAGCCAUCCACCUUCUCUUUCUCCCUGAUUCCUUAUUGUGUGGGUAGUUUAGCUGGCAAUUACUACCAUUACCUUUACGGGCUUUUAACUGUUUAGAGCAGGAGUCAGCAGUAGAUUUAAGUGAGUAAUUGAUUGGUCAAGGAAACAUAGACGGUGACAUCGACCAUCGUCACACGACGUUUGUAGAGAAUUUACAUUUAUAUGGUUGGGUGGGAAAGUGCUUUUCAUGCAGCAUCGAAACAGGACUAUUUCAAUUCAAGUGGAAAUUAGAGUAACAUUCUUUACAUUAUUUUGCAUGGCUAUCAAAAGUUGACUUUAAAACUUUGAAUUAUGUAUCGAGGGUUUUUCAUAUAAAUCGAAUAUACUUGUGCACCAUAUAGUAUUAAUGAAAAAGAAAUUUAAGAUCAAAAUUGAUUAAUUUUAUAAGGUUAAAAGAUUUUCCACAGAUUCUAUUUCCAGAAAUCCACUAAAAUAUGUUAAUCAGAUAUUGUCAUUUUUGUAGGCCAAUAUAUAUGCAAGAUUGUUUCCAUUCGUACACUAUUUAAUCCAUCAGGUAGAGUUUCCACCUGCUCCCAAUUUCAAGACCUAAACCCACCCACAACGUUAUUAAUUGAUAUACGGUUUUAUUUGAUUUUUGAUAACCUUACUUUCGUUUUGCGAAUAGUGUCGCUUCACGUUUAAUGCUAUUCGUUAAAUUUAUAUUAAAACAAAAAUGCAAAAAACCAAGAACGAACAUAAAUGCGAUGAUAAAUAUGUGAAAUGCAACCGUGAAAAGUGCAAGCCAAGUAUGAAUUUAGUUACAAAAUUUCCUCUUUAUCCAAACCGUACCGUAACUAGUUGUAAUUUUUUUCGAUUUCGACAUUUUAUGAAUGAUGCAUUUUAGUUGAGUUUCUUGAUUGAUAGCUAAGUAUAUUGAUGACUAUUGAUUGAUGUAUUUUGCUUAACUUUGCGUAGGUCGAGGCGAACCGAGUCGAGUUUUGCAAAUGAUCAACAAACUCAGCUUAAUGUUUUACUUAUUUAUUUGCAUUUUGCACACUGCGGCUUAGAAUGUUUGACAAACCAACCUAAUAGAAAAUCCAAAAAACCAAAAGUUAACUCAAUUUAACAAUGAAAACAGACAAAUUACCGAAAAACAACUGUUAAAUUCAACUCUUUUUAAAAAGCUCGAGCAUAUCCUUCUUUUGAUUUACUCCUUGCUCUCUCUCUAUAUCUCUCUUUCUGCUCUUUUCUAUUACUGACUGUUUGUGUGUGUGUGUGUGUAACUUUAAGCGAGCCACAAUAAUAAUAAUAAUAACAAUAACAACAAGUACAGCAUUGUAUGGUCAUUGUCACACUCUGUUUAUCAAGUACUCUUCUUUGAUUUGUCGUCUACCUGAGAUACAGCUGUGUUUAAAUAAUAGUAGUUGGAAAUGAACACACUUCUAACAAAUUUACUAAAAUAUCAGCGUUUGCUUACAGUUUAAUUUCAUGUUUUAUGUUUUUCAAAUCGAUUUCUUAAUUUUUUAAGAAUAGUUCACUGCUUUUAUCCAAAACACAGCUGUACGUACAAUAGUUGUUAUUUAGCCAGUUGCAAUCGCAGCUUUUGCAUCUAGACCGUAAGAGUUAAUAUGUUACGCAGACACCGGCUUACAUACGUUACGAUUAAAUUAAAACGUUCGGCGCUUAGACACGCCCCAUUUCCCCCACUCUCUUGCUGUGCGUGUACAUAAGUAACUAUACAUAGGCAUAAGAACUACUUUAUGGUGUGCGCCCAGCUCGAUCACGAUCUCUUGGAUCUCGUUCUGUUCCAUUUCCGUAUCCGUUCCCAACCCGCAAAAAUAAUAAUAAUAACAGUAAUUCGUAAUAGCUUUUUCACAGGCUGAAGAAAAGCUCAAGCUUACGUACGAGUUGUUUUUGUACCAGUUUAUUUACGUUUUCGGUUUACGUUCUCUUUCAUAUAGUUUUGGAGCAUGACCAGCACUCUCUCUAUCUCUCUCAAAUAUAUAUAUACGUAUCCAAUGUAUUUCUCUCGUGUUUAGCUAGUGAGAUCGGCCUAUUACGUUACAGUUGCCUUUUUGCCGUUACGUUAAAUUUGAAUAGUGUGAAGAACAGUGUGCGAUUGGCGUUUCGUUGUUUUGAUUUCCGUUUCUAUUUCGAUUUUUGGUAAGCGUAGUGUGCAUAAAAACAAAGCGAGCAACAAAUAAAUAAAUAAAAUAGAAAUCUAACCAAAUUUCCACCUAAAAUGCAUUCAAAACAAAAGAGCAGAACUAAAAAAAAGGAAAUAGAAAUAUCUGCAAACGAUGUGAAACUAAUUAGUACUAGCCACAGCCAAGGUCAAGGUCCCGGGAACUCCCCCAAUCUUGGCCACAAUCACCAACGUGGCUACAACAACGGGAAUAACAACAACAACCGGGGUAUCGGGAACGGGAUCGUAAAUGGUAAUACCAAUGGACCACCCGAUUAUAUGAACUAUCGACGUGGCGUGUGUCCGGCUCAAUCGCGGGACUAUUCCGGGAACGGAAAUGGGAAUAACAACGGACAUGGCCACAAUGGACGUCGCUAUAUGCCCGAUAACUUGAACAACCCGUCCUCAUCCAUGAAUGGCCUGAUCAAUUCCGGACACCACCAGCGCAACUACAACGACAGGAACUUGAAUAACCACUUUGGAAACACCGAACAGAACGGAGGACCCGACCAUCGGGAUCGAGCCGAGGGUUCUUCGUACAACUUUAUGCGCAACGGAGGAGGUAGCGGGGGCGGUGGCUACGGACGCAAUGGAUCGCAUUACCAGCACAUGGCCUAUGGUAAUAACAACGGUGCGUCCACUUCGACCGGCGGACCAGGACUUAUGGGUGAACUGCCCUCGGGAUCGGGCCUGUCGGGCUCUUCGCUGUCGCUGAACAACGGACCCGGAGGCCUCAACUCCGACAGUCCGUCGCGAAAGCGCCGCCGCAUCUCCGGAAGACCCCAGAACGGACCACAGCCCCAACACCGUUGUCCGAUGGCACACAUGCAGCAGGGAAGUCCGCCACUUCGACGCCCGCGGUUGCGCGAUGUGGCUACCUCCACGCAGCAGCAGCAACAGCAGUACGGCCAGCAGGUUCAUCAUCCUCAGCAGCAGCAACAGCAGCCGCCAUCCAACUACCACCCGAUACACCAUCAUCAGCCACAACCGCACUACGUUCCUCAGCAGCAGGUGCCACCGCCGCACGUCCAGCGUUCACCGUGGGAUUUGGGUGGCAGUGGAGGAAGCUCUGGAGGAGCCACCUCCAGCAGCUCGGUGGGUCCCAUUCUGCAGCAGGUGCAGGCGCCGCCGCAGCCACCGAGUCACCAGCAAGCGGUGGGCUAUCCACCAGCACCGCCACAGCCCGCCUCCCUGAUGGUGGACCUCAAUCUGAACCAGGUGCCAGUGAACCUGCAGUUGCGUCCCUCGGAGCCCUUCUGGGCCUCCUUCUGCACCUAUCCUAUACCGGCGCAGGCUAGACUAGCACCCUGUCACUUGCACGGUGUCUACACGCAGCCAUUCCCCGCCGCCCCACCACCAGGACUGGCCGCUCCUCCACUCCAACAACAGCAUCAGCCACUUAUUCAGGCCCAGCAAAUGAUUUCCCAGGCCACCUUGACCGCCCAGCAGCAGCAGCGGGAUGUGGUGGCCAUUGCAACGGCCAAUCUUGGACCCAUUGAAGCGCCGGGAGCCCAUGGCCAUCCUCACGCCCAUCCACAUGCUCAUCCGCAUCCUCACCAGCUGCCGCCGGGCAUCCACAUCACGCCGCUGAGCGGAGCGGCUGCAGCGGCCGCCACCCAUCAUCUACAUUCCACGGCGGCAGCUGCAGCGGCCGUCGCUGCCAGCGCCCAGAUAACCACCGCGCAGCAGAUCCUCUUCUCGUCGGACCGCCGCACAUUCCCGCCCCACCGCCGCAUACCGCGCUUCUGGACGGCGAACCAUGGACAUCGUCACGUCCUGCCGCCGCAGUCGCUCGCCGCCCACCAAGCUCCUGUGCAGAUUCAGGCUACCUCGGGCAUCAUCAACCCUGGCUUCUUGCUCAAUUUCCUGGCCAUGUUCCCGCUGUCGCCUUACAACCAACAUGAUCUGAGCUCUGGCGACACCAAUGAGACGGAGAACUACGAGGCGCUGCUCAGCCUGGCCGAGCGAUUGGGUGAGGCCAAGCCGAGGGGACUCACCCGCAACGAGAUCGAUCAGUUGCCCAGCUACAAGUUCAACCCGGAGGUGCACAACGGCGACCAAUCAUCCUGUGUGGUGUGCAUGUGUGACUUUGAGCUACGCCAGCUACUGCGCGUCCUGCCCUGCUCCCACGAAUUCCACGCCAAGUGCGUGGACAAAUGGCUGCGGUCGAAUCGCACGUGCCCAAUUUGCCGCGGCAAUGCCUCCGACUACUUCGACGGCGCCGACCAGCAGCAACAGUCGCAGGCAACAGCCGGAGCUGCGGCUGCAUUGAGCGGCACGUCCGGCGCAAGUGCCGGAGUGGCGGGAACUUCCGAGGCCUCAGCGGCCACCGCCAAUCCGCAGCAGAGCCAAGCGGCCUAGACCCGAAACCCUAUUCCACACACCUCCAGCUUUUGCUUUUCCGGGCGAUGAGUGGUCGGGACGGAGGAGAUUUCCGGGCGUGGAGGGCUGGUCUGGGGCGGGGGAGCCACCUCCCACCACCGCCAUCACUUGAUGUAACGCGCAACGAAUCCAACUGCCAAACCGUCGACGCUUCCUCCUCAGCUGUAUGCCCCCGCCCAACUGGCCACGAAUAAUGGAUCCACCCGCUCCGCCCCUCGGCCACGCCCACGCGAAACUCGCCGCCUCUUCAAUAGCUUGUCUUAGACAUUAGUUCGUAUGUGAGUAAUGGUAACCGUAAUUAGGAGUAACCCAUAUAUGCGUACCACCAAGAAUUCAACUAUAGUUAAAAAGCGUAUAUAUAUAUACAUAUAUGCGAAGAUAUAUUUGUGUGUGGAGAAUGAUAAUGACGUAAAGCAAGUGUCUGUAUAUAAGCCAAGAAUUGCACAAAAAAUUAACAAUAGAAUUUCUUUGCCUUUACAACUCGAGGAUAUCCUGUAAUCCAUUCAAGUAACUAUAUGCGAACAAAUAUAGUGUAUUCAAAUGCUUGGCAGCGGUCACUCAAAGCCCAGAUGGUUAUGGUUAUGGGACAUUCAGGAAUUAUUAAUCCCCAGGGGCUUUUCGGGACCUUUUGAGGUAUCGGUGCCAAAUCGAAGUGGUUUAUCUUGAAUUGUUGCUGUCCACACGCAUAGCCAUGCAUAGCUAUAUAUUAUAUAGAAUACAUAUUUAAGCAAAGCGAAAUAUUUGUAACUUGGAUUUGUGUUUUCACGCUUUUGAGUUAGGCUUGCGUAUUUACUGCUUCCUCUACGUAUUUUGUAUUUACUACCAUUACAUUUAGUUUUAAUAACAACAACGUACUAUAUUUACCCCUAUACGACUUACAUAAAAACCAGCAUAAAUAUAGUGCAUUGCAUUUUAUACUAAUUGUACGAACUGAACCCACUGAAGAAGUUCUUCUUCUUGCACUAGCAAAAGAAAAAAAAACAAAACCAAACAAAAACAAUGAUAAAGAUAUCCUAUGAGGGAAAAAAAUAUAUAUUUUGUUCGUUUCUACUGUUCGAAAAUUAGUAACUAUAAACGGAAGCAACUAACCUUGAAACAUAUAAGCAAUCUUUAAAAUCGACUAAACCAGAUGAACGGAGGACGAUAAGCGUUUCAACAAAUAUACUAUAUAUAGAUGCAUAUAUACACACACACAGGUACACACACACACGUACACACACUUACAGGAGGGAAAGCAACCAUAUAAGAAUUUAGCAUACAGGCAUAGAAACAAACAUACAUAUGUAUAUUGGUGGGCUUAUUAAUGUAUUCGUAGUAGAUGUGUGCGUAAUUAAACAUAUUGCAAUCGCCAUGAGAACACAAGUAUCGUAUAUCGUAACUAGACUUUUCCAGGGCCAGCGUGCGUGGGUGGUGACCUCAGCCGCCCACCGACCAGUCCAUCCACUUCCGUAGUAUUUUUGCCUUUUGAACUGUAACGUCUGUAGCUCUAAACACUCUAAAGCAUUAACAACAUUAACAUAAACAACACACACACAAACACACCUUAACCUCCUUCAAUGUGACUUGUCUAUUAAAAUUGCAUCAGAUGCGAGUAUUACGAGUAUCAAACAUAUAUACACACAUAGAGAUUUUCCCUCUGAUAUAAGCGAUUUAAGCGACUUAAGCGAACUACGUGCACUAGCCUUUUGAAGCCGGAGAAGGAGAGCAAAAGCAACCAUUUUUACCAAUAUACAUGUACAAGUACAAGUACGAGUACCAUACAAUAAUUAUCUAUAUCUAUCUAUCGAUCGAUCGGUAUACACAAUUAACCAAUUAACGUGGAACUAAACCAAACGAGAAAUGAGAAGAACAAGUAAAUUGAAAUGAUUCCUGCCCUCCAUUCGUAUUAAAAAACCAUUGAAACUAACUCAACAACUUUUUAUAGCAUAUAUAUACUAUGGAUAGCAUUGAUUUUUUGUGAGAAUGGAUAUACAUAACAUUAGUUUAGCCCCUUCGGGAAGGCCAUAAGCCGCAUCUAUUGGCUCAUCCGUUGCUUAUAGCGAGAGUUUGCAGCACUUUUCCUACCCAAAGCCAACCUGACCUAGCUCCCCCGUUCUCAAGUCCUUAAUAAAGCUAUGCAUUACUGCAAUCUUGAUACCUAGUA